UAUCUAUCUGACCACUAGAUUUUGACGUCGUCGGUUGGUUUCAUCACAGUUUUUCACAGAUGUCAUCCGUAUACUCAUGCCUUAUUCUUCUAACUUUCAUUGUUGCUUCAUUUUGUAUUUCAAUUGAAAUAGGAAAUCUUCAAUCGGUUUCUGUGAACGGAACACUUUUGUGUAACGACAAACCAGCAAAAAACAUAAAAGUGAAGCUGUACGAAGAGGAAGCUAUUCUUGACGUCCUGCUCGACGAACGAUUCACCAAAGACGAUGGAACUUUUGAAAUGGCGGGAUCGAAGUCCGAAGUCACCACAAUUGAUCCAAAAUUGAACAUUUAUCACAAGUGUAACUAUGAUGGAAUAUGCGUUCGUAAAAUUUCAAUUCUUAUUCCAACAGAGUAUAUCACCAAUGGAGAAAAACCUGCUCGCACAUUCAAUGUUGGAGAGCUCAAUCUGGCAUCCAAAUUCAGCGGACAAUCAACUGAUUGCUUCAAUUGAAGACUGUUUCCCUUGGUACUCCUAUCAAAAACCACGAGAUCUUAUCAAACGUCACUAUCAUUUCAGUAUACGUUUUCAAUUUUUUGUAAAAUAAAGCCAUAAAUUUUGUA